UCAACAGAGCUCUCUAACUGUUCUAUGGCUGUAGAAGCAGGCAGAAUGCCAGAGUCCCCUGUUGAAGUUCCUGAAUAUCCUUUGUUUGUCACAGUUGGUGACUGGCUGGAUUCUAUCAAGAUGGGGCAAUAUAAGAAUAACUUCAUGGCUGCGGGGUUUACGACGUUCGACCUGAUUUCAAGAAUGAGCAUUGAUGAUAUUAGAAGAAUUGGAGUCCUACUCAUUGGACACCAGAGACGGAUAGUCAGCAGUAUACAGACUUUACGCUUACACAUGAUGCACAUACAGGAGAAAGGAUUUCAUGUAUGAAAGUACUACAAGCACUUGUGUUUUGUGCCUCAGCAUUUCUAAAAUGAACUAUAUCCUCUCUACUACCCCCUCCUCUGAUUCUCCAAACAUCACUUCACGAACUGCAGUCUCCUGUUCAAACUACGGGCACACACCUUUUGUUUAUGCUUCUAACCUGGAUUUUAAAAUUAUGCCUCAUAGCUCCUCUCUGAAUAACCUGCAGAUAAAACCCUGGCCCGCUGCAGAUUAUCACUGACAAAAUGGUAAAUAACUCAGCAUGGAUGUGUAACUUUGUACAACAGUAUUUGGGAAGUGUUCACGAACUUAACCCAAAGGAAUUUGGCCAGGUGUGGCUUCCUUAAUGACGUAUUUAGAGUUUGACGGUAGAUAA